UUAUAUAUGUAUAGGCCUGUUGGUUUGUCAGUGGCCGGAUAUCAAAAUCGACAGCGACAAUGACGUGGAACGUUCUCCUUGCGGUCCUUGCAUUAGUGGGUGGAGCCUUCUCUUUCGAUUCACUGGAAGGCACCAUAAAAUAUGUUUUCCAUCCUGGCGGUGGCCAGAAACUUAUCACUCUUCCUCCUGGAGGACUGCCUGGUACUAGGAUAGCCCUAACGGUCAAACAUCUGAGCCUAGCACCAGGAGAAUCAUUUAAAAUCUUCGAUGGCCAGUGCAAUGAUUCACCAGUGUUGACUUCCCAAGUCUGGUCUAAGGAGGCCCUGUACAGAGAAGUAAUAGGAACCACUUUCGAGUCCAAAGGAAACGUCGCGUGCGUCCAAUUUAGAGCCGGGAGUAUACCAGGUGCUGUUGAAGUUUACUACAAAGCAAUACAAUCCAGAGGCUGAAGGACCAGAUGCGAGCCAAGUCAUGGAGGAGUGUGUCAUAAAACUGGACCAGAUUACUUUGUCUGAUGAUUACACCUAAUAAAGCUGAUUUGGCAACAAAUACAGAAUGAAAUAA